UGUAGUAGUACGGUCCGUGGUACGAUCAAAGUAGCACUUUAAGAAACAGUCUUAAGAUCUUACGCAAUUCAUUCAUGCCCGUAGUGGUGCGUCCGUAAAAAUUUUUAUAUAUUAUUUUUGAAAGUUUAAAAAAAUAAUACAGGACAAAAUGUACAUCGAAGGCAUUACCGUUUUAGUGCUUUUUAAUUUUUGUGUCAGUACGCGAUUGCCGCUCGAAGUGUACCAGAGGUAUCCUUCAGAACACCAUCAUCACCACAAGAACCACUUGAAUGGUGUUGGUGUGCAUAGAAAAAAAUUACAAGAACAUACUGCCAUGAAAAUCCUUUAUCAAGUUGGGAAUUCCGAGGAGGAUCUUCCGGAUUGCAGUUCACGAUCAGUAUGCAACAAAGUGGACUUGUAUGAUGAACCGUGGGUAGAAAGGCAAUGCAGAUGCCCCAAUGGACACACUUGUCCCAUGGAACUUUCUACAGAAGAUGGACAUACUUUUGUUGAGAAAACUCGGCAGUAUAAGGUGUGCGAGCCGAUUAGGAAACUUCCGAAAUGCAAAUAUUUCCGCGAUACCACAUGGUCAAUUACGCUGUACCAUAACAACGUUACGGAUCAAGUGAUUCACUGUCACUGUCCAAAGAAUGCGCUUACGUACCUGAAUAAGCGUAAUGUACUGCACUUGCCAAAUGGUCAGUUGGCGUUUCAGUACCUCUUCUCGUGUUCUCCACAAACGAGACUGCGGUGCCAGCGAAAGGAACCUUGUCGCUUGUUUACAGUUCGCAAACGUCAAGAAUUCUUGGACGAAGUGAAUGUAAACACCCUGUGCCAAUGCCCUCAUGCCCACAGAUGUCCGCACCACCACACCGACUAUGGCGUAAUAUCGGCGAAAAGUCACGGCGAAGACAUCGUUAAAACGUAUAGCGGGUACUGCCUGCCCAGUACGUAGUACCCUCGAGAGAUGUCGGUACCGGUACAUUUAUUUUCUUUAAUUUAUUACGCGCCAAAAAAAUGUCUUUUACUAUGGCUUUAACUGGUUUUCAGUUCUGUCGAGUUAUAUUUUAAGUAGGUGGGUCGAGAGUCUGCAUAAUAAUAGGCGCUUAUAGUAUUUUAUUCCCAUGUGAGCCUAAUUUGUUAAAAUGCUAAGAAAUAAUUGGUUCUAAUUAAUUCAAAUACCUUGGCUGGUUUUUUCUUGUAAAUUAAAUUUUAGAUUUAAUUUAUUAUUAAAAUAAGAUGUUGUCAAGUAUAUAUAAGGUGGGGUUAGUAUUAUUGACAUAAUAUUCAAGAUAUUUUUACACCCCACCAUGUAUAUCAUCAGAUUCCUAAUAAUAGUAUUGUUUUCUUCAAUAAGGAAUGUUAAAUAUAAAAAGUGAAUAAAAAAUUAGUGAUGCCAUCUCUGGAAGCUGUUGGAGAGAAAGAAAAGUGGCAUUACCAAUUUUGGACUCGCUGUAUAUCAAAAUUAAAUGUACAUUCCGUUCAAAGGCUUUAAGAGAAUAUUUAUUUUUAAAACUUAAUUAUAUGACUAUUGCAGCCUCCACGGCUUAUAAACGUUACUUUUAAGAAGUGUGACUUAAUGCAUGUAAAUACUCUUUCGUUUGUAUGGGGCACAUUAAAUAUUUUUGUAAUUAAAAAGAAAUGAAGCGAUUCUCCCUUUCGCUUGGAUCUUUAUAGAGUGGUACAAGUAAAAUGGCAUUCACUUUGUCCUCCCUCACUGGGUUUACUUAAAAACAUAAUUCAUUAAUCAACAGAUACAUUAGAAAUUAAUGACGUACUACCUGGACCACCCUGUAUAUGUUUCUUGUAAAUAAUAAUUUUGACAAAUUGUUUUCUAUAUAUAAAAGUUUUACUUGUCGUAGUCCUUCGUAAUUCUGUCAAAUAGUUUAAGGUACCUGAUCAUAAAUACUCGUUUUUAAGAAGUGAUUUGUGUGUCUCAUAAACAUAUUUGGGCACUAUAGUAUUUCACUAUAGUGUCCAAGUAGCCCUGGGACCCCUUGGUAUAGGACUACCAUAGCCCAUCAUAUUUUUGUAUAAACUGUAUAUCUGUUUUUGAUGAAAGACUUUAAAUGUAAAGUUGUUAAAUAUUAUAUUGAAUUUAAUUUGUAGCCUUAAGAGUAGUCUGUCUUAGUAUUAGAUAAUGUACAAAAUAAAUUAUAAGGUUUUAGUUCAAAACAA